AGCUGAGGUCUGCCCAGCGCUGGAAGUUAGUGUGGACUCUCUCUGGGUUAAAUGUCGAUGUGUUUUUGUGGACUCACCGUCUUGAUACACUCCCUGGGAUUAUAUAACCUCGGACAGGCUGCUCAGCCCUCAGAACUCGCUCCCACAGCGUCGCACAGAUGGGUGAACAGAAGAAAAGCUCCGAGGGAGUGAAAUACUACAGACUGGCAGAGAUAGAGCAGCAGAACUCCUUCAAAUCUACGUGGAUCAUCAUCCACAACAAAGUCUACGAUGUGACCAAGUUUCUGGAGGAGCACCCCGGAGGAGAGGAGGUGCUGAGGGAGCAGGCGGGAGGAAACGCCACGGAGAGCUUCGAGGACGUCGGACACUCCACCGACGCCCGAGAGAUGGCCAGCAGCAUGGUGAUCGGAGAGGUGCACCCGGACGACAGACACAAACUCUCCCAGCCUGCGGAAACACUGGUGACCACUGUGAAGGAAGAGCCCAGCUGGUGGUCGAACAUGCUGAUCCCCGCACUGGUUGCGCUCAUCGUCACGGUGAUAUACCACAUGUACUCCUCUGAAUGAUGUCAUCACACACACUGAUGUGAUGUCACCAGCGGGCACCGACUUCUGAUUGACAGCCAAUAGCAGUGAGAGGUUGCCAUGGCUCCUCCUCACAGCGUAGGGUGGCGUUUUUAGAGCAGACGAGCGGCGGCUGCGGACCACCUGACCAAAUAGACACCCCCCCGCAGGAGCGUCUGUUCUAGGAUCACUGACUCUACGCCAGUAAUGACCCUGUAAUUCAUUUCAUCCUGUUUAACCUAUCAACCAAUCACGUGGCAUUAUGUUAAUGAAGUAAUUUACAUUGUUGAAUUCACCGUGACAACGGGCGCCGCAGCGACACCUCGUGCUCUGAAAUUGUGUAGAAAUGCAGCAGAUGUAUAAUUUGUUAGAACUUUUUAUAUGUUUGUAUCUGAAUGUAAAUAAAAUUUUAAACAUGCAAUCAGCAGCUAACGACGCAUCAUGUGACUGCGUCACAGCCGCCAUGACACUCACCUGUUAAAGUGGACCUGUUCUGCUCAUUUCCACCAUUUUUUUUGUUAGUCAAAUAAACAAAGACGUCCAAAAACGUGAACACACACAUCUUAACACUGCCCCCUGGUGGUGAAAAAUACCUUUAACUAGAUUUAUUCUGAUUGGCUGAUUUGAACAACAGGUGGGUGGAGCUUCUGUUCCUGAGAUGACCAUACAAGUUCCUCUCUGUGACAUCAGAGAGACCCAAAAGUAGAGAAAGUGUGGUAAACGGGGCCUUUAGAGCUCACUCACAGACGUCAUUAUUAAAAGCUUGGAAAAGCUUUUAAUAAUGACGUCUGUGAGUCAUUCUGCUGCUCCUCGUCCUCCGUGUCAUACUUCCUGUCCUGGAAAGGACAGGAAGUAUGACACGGAGGACGAGGAGCAGCAGAAUGAGUCCACUUAACUGUUGUGUAAUUAUUGAGCAGGAACCAGAGUCCAGUUUUGAAACUGUGAGUCUGAUCUCAGCGUUCAUGUGCUGUAACUUUAAUUAUCAGCCUGUUUGAGACCACACACAUUCAAAGCUUCUGUUUGAACACUUUGAAAAAUGAUCCACAGAGUAAUAAGCGGAAGAUUAAAAACAUGAUCUCUGAAAAUGUUCCAGAAUUUGCCGUCCAAUCGUAACGCCUCUCAGACUGCCUGAAGAGCCUGUACAUAAAAGAUGGACCCAGCCAAUGUGUUCAUGUAAGAAAUAGCAGGAUGCUGUCAAUCACAGAGUAGCCACACCCUAAAUCAUUUGACCCUGAAUUGGGACAAAAUCUAAACAAGAGUAAAACUGUAGACUGAGACCAUCAGGAAGAUUUUACUGAGGUUAAAAAUGAAGAGAGAAGCAGCUCGUUUUCCCACAGCCUGGCUGCUACAUGCAGCUGACUCAUUCAGACCGACGCACACGUCCAUCUUCUACGUACAGUCGCAGUCGAGGUCAGAUUUACUGCCGUUUUUUAUUUCAUGCUGCUGUGUUUGCAGGAAAUUAUUGAAUAAAAACAUUCAAACGUUGA